AUGACAACUGAUAACUGCUUUACCAGUGCAGAGCUGACAGAGGAUCUUUUGGAUGUUCAGACUACUCUUGUUGGAACUAUUCGACGAAAUAAGAAAGAAAUUCCGUCCGAGCUGCAAUCAGAUCGUCAAUGUUCAGAACAAUCACCAAUAUUCUGUUUUCAUCGACAACUCACUUUGAUUAGACACGUACCAAAAAAGGGAAAAGCUGUGAUUUUAUUGUCAUCAAUGCAUCAUGACAAGACCAAUAACGACAAAAUGUGGCGUCAACCGAAUGGACCAGAUGGUGCAAACGUAUUCUUGCAACAGAAAAACGAAAAGAUGGUCGAUGAAAUUCUAUUUCAACAUAGUUGA